UGAUCUGCGCAGCUCAGUGUGUGUCUGCGAGUGUAAAGAGUUAGUCAUGGCCUCUUGGAGGAACGCCCUGUUAAGGCUGUGGCCGUUUAGGAGUGAGAACACUGACAGUUCUUCCUCGCAGUGGGGCAGGAAGACGGAGACGAGGAAGAUAGCAAGGGCUCUAGGGCCAUGGGAAGCUUAUAUGGUGACUGUGCAGUCCAUUCUGAUCUGGGAGAGUCCUGGGACGAGCGCCCUGGCUGUGGUGGGAGUGAACGUUCUCUUCUGGUUGGUGGUGUGGAGCGAGCUGCGCGUGUACUUCGUGGCGAGCGUGGCGGCGCUGGCGGUGUUCCUGCACCAGCAGUGGGUGCACACCAUCUGGCCCGAGAUCCGUGUGCCCAAACCCGAGCCCGACGACACCGAAGACUGGACUCCCGUGCAUCCGAGUGUGUUGUCGGUCCCCGAGAUCAGUCAGUACGUGGAAGGUGCUUGGCGAUGCAUUUGCGACAACUACACGUGGCUGCUGCACCUGCGCCGCGUCCAGCCCGCCUUGUUUUGUGCAAUAGUGUCUACGGUGCUGAGCGUGGGUGCUGUGGUGGGCCACUUGGUGCCUGGUGCUGUGCUGGUGUACAUCCUGCUCAUGCUGGUGAUGACGGGCCCGGGGAUCCUGCUCCACGUGCUGCCCGACUCCUUCUACGAGCGCCUGGCCAAGAUGAGGGCGGCGCUCCGGGGGGAGGACUCGGAAAUGGAGAUCUCCAACGUGUCUCUGGACAGCGACCUGACGGAGUUCAUGCCGGAGCUCCAGUCCGCCGAGGCCCAGGCAGCCCUGGACGUGCCCCUCAUGAGCCAAGAUCCUCCGGAGGUGGAGCAGAUGGUUGAGGACGCCUACCUGCAGGAGGAGUCGGAGAGGAGCACGAGGAAGAGGACCAAAAAUACUGGCGGAGGCGAGAGAAGCGAAGGGGCCCCUGCCGCUCAGGGCCUGACCUUGCCCUUGAGCACGGAAGAUGGAAUCAGCUCUACAUUUUUCACAAGUGGAUUGCCUGAGGAUUUCCCAUCCUAUGACCAUGACAGUGUUGAGGAUCUUGAUGGUCCUGAUAUAGAGCUUCCAGACCUCCCCAAAGUAGUAAGGGAGCCUGUCCCAGAAAGGCAGGGUGCAGGAGGGGAUAGAUAUCAAAUGGAGUUUGUCUCCUCACACUUUGGUGAUAGCAGUGAGGAGGAGGAUGCCUUUUUAGAAGGAUUAACCUUUGAAGAAAGGGUCCAGGCAAGGCCAGAGCCCCGGGCACAGCCCCACAUCCCUAGUCAAACAAAUACUUCGCCGCCUAUGGAUCCCAUAGGCCAAUUAAUGACUAGCGUUAUAGCUCAAAAUGCAGGCAAUGUUUUAUCUGCUCUUGGACAGAAUUUAAUGACAUCUGUGAUAGGGCAAGCAGCAGCACAGGCCCAGCCAUCACCCCAAAUGAGCCAGCAGCCGAGACGAACGGCAGCAGAGCCUACUGCAAGAAUGACAAGGUCACAAGACCGUCAACAGCAAUCGGUGACAGAUCUAGAAGAAGACUUUGAACUUAUUUCUGAUGAAGAGUUCCAGUGAUUUAGUGCGCUGUGAACAGGCAUGUGUAGCUGAGGAAAAAUAUGUCAUAAUACUAGAGCAACAAUAUUUUGGAGCAACUACUCUCUUAGAAACAUUCUUUUGAAGAAAAAUCCUUUAGUUAUGAUAAAGCUAUUUUUUCUUAUAUUAAUGCACCGAUAGUAUGAAAUUUUUCAUAUCAAAGUGAUGGUGGCCUUAAUAAUGAUAUCUCAAGGAGUACCAUUCUUACAGUAAAAGUGUUUCUUGCUGUAAUGUUUUUACUUAAUUACAAAGUACAGCUAGGAAAGAACUAGAAGUUACCCUCCAUUUUAUUUCUUUAUCUCCCUUCUUUUUAUCGCUAUUGGUACUCAGGGGAAGACCGUGCUGAACCAACUUUGCUUGAGAGGUUGAACAUUCUACCGAAGUGGCCAACCACAGUAGUUGUUACUUUUUGAUCUUUUUAGAUCUCAUUCCUAAAGAGUAACUUUCCUGUCCUUUGUCAGCAUACUCCCUUGGAAUGGCUGUUGGUGUGUACAAAUACAAAUCAUUCAGCUGUCCUGUUUAACAGUUUCCGAAAUUCACUGAAAAGACAAUCUUUUAUGAAUAUGAGAAUAGGCACACACACACACACACAUGUACGUGCACACAGUCACGCACAUGCAGACAUGCCCACACAUACAUACACAUGCAGGCAUGGACACGCAGACACG